CACAUUCCCGUGCAUAUUUGUGUUGGAUGAUUUUGAGAAGGAAUUGGCGGAGAUCAAAUCUUUAAGGAAUGCCGAAGACAAGACUCCACUAUCGGGAUAUCUAAUAAAUAUAUUGGACGCGGUCGUUUCAUCCAAAGGAAGGGAGUUUUAUGGUACACCGAGAUCCACAUUCAGCAAUUACAUUGAGAAAGUAUUGCAUCCAACAUACACAGGAUCUCGAUGA